CCCAACAUCACUUCACUCAUUCAACAUCCGGCAAUCAAACAAGCAGCAUGUCGCAAAAGCCAGCGGUCCCAAAUGGCAGUAUCCCUAAUUCAACACGCUAUGGCUUCCCAAAAGAAGGACGCUAUUCACUAUCCUACUGGCUGCAGGGCGUCCAAGGCGAUCCCCUUCUAAACCACCGCACGACAGCCGAGCUACCUUCAUCUGCAGAUAUCGUCAUCAUCGGCUCUGGGUUGUCGGGAACACUAAUCGCCAACCACUGUCUCAAAGCCUUCCCUGGAAAAAGCAUAAUAAUCCUCGAAGCACGAGAAUUCUGCUCCGGCGCCACAGGUCGAAACGCCGGGCACUGCAAGCCCGAUCAAUGGCGCGGAUUCAGUGCGUAUGAAGCGGCGUUUGGAACGGAGCAGGCUCUUAAGAUCCUCGAAAACGAACAAGCGACCUGGACCGCCCUGGUCGAAUAUAUAAGACAAAACAACGUCGACUGUGAUCUCUGGGUUGGCGAUACCCUCGACGUCCCCGUAACGCCAGAAGUGGCGGCCGCGGCAAAGACGAAUUUCGAACGGUUCAAGGCUGCCGGGGGAGAAGUCGGGCAUAUCAAAGUCACGCAUGAUCCGGUGGAAGCACGCAAGAUAUCACACAUCAAAUCCGCACAAGCAUGCUACGCCUGGUCCGCAUCAACCCUCUACCCCUGGAAACUAACAGCACAUAUAAUGCGCGAGAACCUAUCAAAGGGCGCAAACCUGCAAACACGCACCAAAGCAAUCAAAAUCAUUGAAACACCAGAUUCAAACCCAGAAUCUUGGAGAUGGAUUGUUCAAACCCCCCGCGGCCCCAUCAAAACCAACCAAGUCAUACACGCCACAAACGCAUAUAGUUCCGCCCUAGAACCGUCCCUGCGCGGGCUCAUCUACCCCUCGCCACAUAUGUGCAACCGGAUAAAGCCGCCGGUGGAGUUCGAGGAUCCCAACCCCGCCGGUCUAACUAACUCCUACGGCGUGCUAUUGCCAGAAGGAGGGCUGUUCAGUAUCAACCCGCGUAGCACGAGGGAAGGAUCUGUGCUAUUUGGCGGGAGUAACCCCGGCCAAGCGGCGUUUGAGCGGUGGGUGAAUGAGCCCGGAUAUCCGGAGCGGGGGGUUGAUGAUGGGAUUGAGGUGUUUGGGGCUGUGACGGGGGCAGUGAAAGACUUUGCGGAGGGGGCGAUUGAGGGCUGGAAGGCGGAGUUUGCAGUUGAUGGGUGGAGUGGGAUUAUUGGCAGGAGCGUCGACAAUGUACCCUGGAUAGGAGAAUUACCCGAUCUCCCUGGUCAAUGGGUUUGUGCUGGGCACAAUGGACAUGGAAUGGCACGCAUAUUCACCGCCGCACCAGGCCUCGUCAAGCUCAUGGCGGGGCGUCCAUGGGCGGAAACGCAGCUGCCUGAUGUGUACCAAAUUACCCCAUCGCGGGUGAAUAACCUGAAGCGUGCACGGGAUAGUGGAGAUACCUCUCGUCUUUGAUAUCUGACGGAUGUGGAAUGUUGUAUCGCGGGGAGCUAACCUGUACCUCACGUGGAGAAACUGGGGAUGUCCGUUUGCGGGGGUAGGAUUUGAUCAUUAGACUAUGUUGCACCUAUUCAUGCGGGGAUGGAAUGAGAUCUGGGGAUAAGUCAUUGGUUAAGUUAGACCUGUUAUAUCAUUCUCGGCUUUGUCACUACCAAUAACAAAUAUCCACCAUAAGGAAAGCAAAUAAAGGGAAUACAAAAGAAAAGUCAAAGAAAAAAAAAAAGAAUGAGGCUGGU